AAUGUCCGUAUCACGACCACUCAACUUGGCCAUUCUGUCGAUUCUCGUGGGGCUGUUGUACUUGAGUGCUUGCACGUGUGCACCGUCCGUCUCGGCUCACCAUUUGGGGCUCCGUUUAAAAAAGUGGUAUGAGUGGAACAAUGAUAUGGAAAUUACGAAGAAAUGGUACGACUGGCAAAACGUGCCCCAUGCACUUCAACAAAAACGGCAACCCUUUGAGACUUCAGACUAUAUCAUCGAAUAAAAUGCUAUCAAUCGUGUGUGUGGGUGGUGGUGAUCAGGAAGACGACUAAUUUAUUCUGAUUUUGUUAUAUCUUAAUUAUUUUUCUUUUUUUCUAAGAAUACCUAAUAUAUUUCUGUGAGAGGGCAUUUGCGCGAGCCACCAGAUAUUUAAUAAAAAUCUGAAUAUGUUGU